AGUUCUAAAUAUUCCAAGCCCACUGCCGAUAGCUUCGGUAAGAAAGUUAAGCGAGUACGACGGAAAGGUGAAUGUCGUUGUAGAGUUGGACACAGCAAACUCUGUAGAAAAGCUGCUUAGUAAAAGUAAAAAUCUAAAAGGGUCACAAAUCACUUUAGAACGGGAUCUUGAUGCUGGUAAACUACUACAUAAAAAACUUAUGUUGAUUUUAAAACAGAAAAUUCUCACAGUAAGUAAAGUACACAGGGUCAGCGUUAGAAAUGAAAAAUUAAGAAUUGGAGACUACUGGCUAAGAUGGAACAAUAAAAAUGAACUUGUUUGUAAUGAUCAAAAAGGCGAAAUGGUUUUAAAAAUAUUGUAUAAAGAAUUAGCUACAAAAAUAGAUAUUAAUUAUGUAAAUCUUUUAAAAAUAUUAGAAAAGAAAUAGGGACGCGCUGUCUGCGGAGGAAAUGAAAAUAGUAGUACUAGUAAUAUAGUUAAUAAUUUUAGAAACUUGCGUAUUUUGUCAUACAAUAUAAACGGUUUAAAAAAUAAAAUGAUCUUUCCAGAUUUUUUCGAAUUCGUCAAAGGCCAUGAUAUAUUUUGUUUUCUAGA